AUGCAAGUUCCAUUAAUCAGGCUUCAAUGCGGAGUCAAUAGCUAUGAUUGGGGUAAGGUAGGGAAUGAUUCAGCUGCUGCAAAGUUUGCUGCUGCUACACCUGCCGAUGAUUUCUCUAUUCAAGAAGAGAAGCCAUAUGCUGAAUUGUGGAUGGGAACACAUCCUUCAAAUCCUUCCAAGGACCUUACCACAAAACGAACGCUCCUCGAUCUCGUUCAAGAUAAUCAAGCACUCUUAUCCAAAGAUGUCAGUGAUAAAUUCGGCGAAAAGUUACCAUUCCUAUUCAAAGUACUUUCGAUAGGAAAAGCACUCAGCAUUCAAGCGCAUCCAAAUAAAAAACUUGCGGAGCAAUUACAUCAAAAGGACAGCAAAAACUACCCAGACGAUAAUCACAAACCUGAGAUGACAAUUGCCAUUACACCUUUUGAUGGACUCUGCGGAUUUAGACCUCUUGCAGAAAUUUCGCAUUUCCUCUCAACGAUUUCAUCAUUAAAGAAAUUAGUUGGGGAGUCCGAGGCGGAAGAAUACCAGUCUGCCGUCAAGGGACAAGAAACAUCAGACAAAUUAGAGGAUGAGGCAAAGAAUAAGAAAGCACUGCAAAAAGUUUUUACUGCAUUGAUGAAUGCAAAGAAAGAAGAUGUUGAGAACGCUAGUAAGGAAUUAGUUGCUUCGGCGGAAGAGGAAAGGGAUAACUUCGCUGGAGGAGGGGGGCCAUCAAAUGAAGGAAAGGAACUCGCGGAUCUUGUCAUCAGAUUGAACAAACAAUUUCCCGGGGACAUCGGAUUAUUCGUACAGUUCUUCCUGAAUUACGUCAAACUCGAAGUUGGAGAAGCAAUGUUCUUGAAGGCAGAUGAUAUCCAUGCAUACCUGAGUGGCGAUAUUAUUGAAUGUAUGGCUGCAUCCGAUAACGUAGUCCGAGCUGGUUUCACACCGAAGUUCAAGGAUGUCGAUACUUUGACUUCGAUGUUGACUUACUCAUAUGCGCCUAUCUCUGAACAAAAAAUGGAACCAGUGGAUUAUCCAUAUGCCACUCUCAAUGCGACUGCAUACUCUUCUGGAUCAUCAGCGACACUCUAUGAUCCACCUAUUGCAGAGUUCAGUGUGGUGAAAACCGAUCUUAAGAAGAAGGGAGCAAAAGCAACAUUCGAACAGAUUUCCGGCCCUAGCAUAUUCAUUUGCACGACUGGAAAUGGUAAGAUUAGUGUCGGACCUAAGGUCGAGGAAGUUAAACCUGGGUAUGUUUACUUUGUUGGAGCUACAGCAGAGGUAAUACUUGAGGCCGAGGAUGAAGAUUUCACCACAUUCAAGGCAUUCUGUGAAUUGCAAGGCAAAGAAGACGCGGAUGGAAAGGAGAAGCUCUAA